AUGUCGAUUAAACCAUUUCCUGAAUUAACUGCUGAACAAGAGAAGGAACUUGUAACCAAUUUAUCACAAUGGACACUUGGUAACGGGUUAGUCAUGUAUCCACCGGAUUUUGAAGGUUAUCAAGCCAACACAGCACCAAUCACCUUGUUUCCUACUCCGAUUCCAAAGGAAAGCUUUACUCGAGCACAAGAGGUUCAGAAGUUGUUCCAUGAGUUGUAUAUAAAUGUGAUAACACAAGACAAGGAGUGGUUCUUAUCGAUUCUUGGCGAGUUGUCAAAACAUGACGCCGAUUUUACAGGAAAGUUAUUUGAAGUUUAUCAGAAACUGAAAAAUAUCCAACCAUUAUCUUUGGGAUUGUUUAGAUCAGAUUAUAUGGUACACCAAGAUACUAAUGAGAUCAAGCAAAUUGAAUUCAACACUGUCAGUGUAUCAUUUGGUGGAUUGUCAACCAAAAUUGGCCAAUUACAUCAAUAUUUGAAUGGAUCUGGUCAGUAUGACAACAAGUACAAUUACAAGUAUUAUGAUGAUGAGGAAGAAAUCCCUGUAUCACCGUCAAUUAAGGAAUUGGCUCAAGGUUUAGCUGAUGGUAAUUAUUACUACAACAAUGGUCAUAAUAAUUCUUCCACAAUUGUGUUGUUCAUUGUGCAACCAAAUGAAAGAAACAGCUUUGACCAGAGACAUGUUGAAUAUGCAUUGUUCAAUAACCAUGGUAUUAGAUCUGUUAGAUUAACAUUAGAAGAAGUUGAAGAUCAUGUUACGAUUAGUCAAGAUAAGUUGUACAUCAAAUCUACUAUGGAUGAAGUAUCAGUUGUUUAUUAUAGAUCUGGAUAUGCUCCAAGCGAUUACGAGAUAAACCCAACCAAGACAUGGAAUGCUAGAUUGUUAUUAGAAGAUACAUUGGCUAUCAAAUGUCCAUCUGUGUUGACACAAUUGUCGGGAACAAAAAAAGUUCAACAAAUAUUAACCAAAAAGGAGAUGGUUUCAAAGUUUUUACCUAAUGCAAGUGAUGAAGAAUUAAAGAAAAUUUUAUCAACUUUUGUUGCAAUCUAUUCCUUGGAUGAAUCUGAUGAAGAAAGUGAAAAGGCAAUCAAGUUGGCAUUUGAAGAACCAGAACAUUUUGUAUUGAAGCCUCAAAGAGAAGGUGGUGGUAACAAUGUGUACAAAGAGAAUAUUCCUUCAUUUUUGAAGAGUUUGGACAAGAAAGAUUGGGGUGCUUACAUAUUAAUGGAGUUGAUUAAUCCUCCAUUAUACAAGAACAAGCUCAUUAGAAAUGGCGAAAUCUUCCAUGAAGACAUUAUUUCUGAAUUAGGAAUUUUUGGUACUACUGUGUUCAAUGAAAAAAGUGGCGAAAUAUUAACCAACAAGAAUGCCGGUUGGUUAUUGAGAUCCAAAUUUAGCACUAGCAAUGAAGGUGGUGUUGCUGCAGGAUUUGGAUGUGUUGAUAAUAUUUAUUUAUAUUAG